AUGUUGACUAUUCUUCUUGUUCUUGUUUCAAUUGCGUCUGCGAGGUACAUGGUCAAGUACGACGACGGUGAAAUUGCAAUCAAAAAGUUUGGGAAGUGUUACCAAUCAACAUUCAAUUAUGUUAAAUACGAACUGAAUGCGAUGUACGUCUACACAUACACUUCCAGCGACUGCAACAAUUGGAUCCCAUCCAGUUCACAAGUUGCAACAGAAGGUGUUAUCAAAUACAACCUUCCUGACUAUGUUGCUGUACAAUACACGUACAAUGGGAAAUCGUGUUCAAUUUCAAAUGAAGAUGGAAAUCCAAGAGAAACACUUUACUCUGGCGAGUGCAUUAGAGGAUCAAAAGAGUCUGAGCAAUUUGCUAUUGAUGGAAAGAAUCUUGUCUUGAAAACUUUUGGAAACUCGGACUGCACAGGAAGCCACAAGGAUAUGGAAACAAUUGCAGAACUUGACAAAUGUGUUGAUAAAUCGACAUACUCGUAUAAAAUCACAAGUGGCGCCUUUGAGGUCUUCGCACUGUUGGCACUGGCACUUGCUUUCUUGUUCUAA